AUAGUGGGGUAUGUGUAAUAAGGACAAGUUGUUGAGAAGAAUGAAAGGUGAAGCACUGAUUUCUUCAUAGUCUGAACCCUCUCAUCUCAAUCGCAUCUCAUCUCAUCAACGCUGCCAAGCCCAAUGGACCUCACACCGCACCAGCUCAGCCAGUACAACGGCACCGACCCCUCCAAGCCCAUCUACGUCGCCGUGAAGGGCCGCGUCUACGACGUCACCACCGGAAAAUCCUUCUACGGUCCCGGCGGUGCCUACGCCAUGUUCGCCGGCAAGGACGCCAGCAGAGCCCUCGCCAAGAUGAGCAAGAACGACGAAGACAUCUCCCCCUCCCUCGACGGCCUCUCCGAAAAGGAGAUCGGAGUUCUCAACGAUUGGGAGAACAAGUUCCAAGCUAAGUACCCUGUCGUUGGUCGCGUUAUCAAUUGAUUUACUCUUCUUCUUCCCUUUCAUCACCAUCUCUUUGUUUCUCUGUUUCUGUAGUUGAACCCAAUCCAUCACCCUCAACCUCACCCUAGUAGUAAUAGUGAUAGCAAUAAAAUUUCUCUGUCCAUGCUCUGGAUAAGGGAUUCCGUUCCUCCUUCUGUUGCUUUCCUAAUAUGGGUUUGUCUUGUAUUUCCUCCUGUACUACAAAUCUUCCUAAAAUCUUAUAUCUAUCACCAGUUUCAUGCAUGUAUAAAGGGGUGAAAGGAGACCAAAUAAAACAGAGUGAAAUAAAUCAAAAUUUUCAUUA